AUGUUUGAAGACAAAGCUGUUUCAUAUCUUCCUAAUUCUGAUGGACUCGAAAGAGUUUUAUUCAAAAUUGAAGCUGAUCGUAGAGUCAGCAGUGAUAAACCAUUUGCUAAUAUCAAAUCACUAAGUUAUGAUCAAGAAGACGAAAUACUUUUUAUGUUAGGAUCGAUUUUUCAAAUCGUUCAAGUUUGGUCUGAUAAUCAAGAAAUAUGGCGAGUUCGAUUAAAAUUAUACUCUGAGAAGAGUGAACAAAUUGAUUUAAGUCGUGACAAAAAUCAACUUCUUUCAUUUGGUCAUGUACUUAUGACAAUGGGUAAAGUUGAAGAAGCAAAGAUUUAUUAUCAACGUUUACUUGAUGGAUUAUCAUAUGAUCAUCCAGAUAGAGCUCGUUGUUAUGAAGCACUUGGAAGUAUAGCUGAUGAACAAGGUGAUUAUGAGACUAGUCUUCAAUUAUACAAUGAAUCUCUUAAUAUCAAUAUAAGCAAAGGAGGUAGACAAGAUUCAGAUACUGCAUCGAAUUAUAAUAGUAUUGGAGAAAUUUAUCGGAAGAAAGGUGAUUAUGUUAAAGCACGCGAAUAUUAUGAUAAAGCAUUAGAAGCGUUAGGAAAAGAUCCAGCAGGCAAAGCGCUUGCAAAACAAGCUGUAUGCUAUAACAAUAUUGGUAUUGUCUAUCAAGAAAAAAAGCAAUACAACGAAGCACUUGACUAUUAUAACAAAGCAUUUGAAAUACGCAAAAAGUAUUUUCCAUCUGAUGAAACAUCUUUAGGCAUGUCGUAG